AUGUCGACAACCACAAAUCACAUCUCAGCCAACGGCCAAACCACCCUCGGCGCCCUCACGGCCACCCCUCCGAGCACCGGUUCCAGCCAUGCUUACGCCGCCGCCAUAGCCCUCGGACCGGCCAUGCCAUGGAGCGGAGAGGCUUACAAGGCCAUGACUUCGAGGAAAUCGGGUCACUACGCCAAGAAGCCGCAACAUAAGACCACCAGCAGCAGCAGCAGCAGUGGUUGGAGGUCGUUACUCAAGAGCUCCUCUGCCAGCAAGAAGAAGAAGGCGGCGGCAGCGGCAGAGGCUCAUGCUGCGGCUGAGAAGCUGGGGAGUGAUGACGAGAACUUUGAAUCAUCCUUCUACCCAUAAACAGCUCAGUGCUGGUAUGACUGCGGUGUUUUUUCUCGUCUUUGACUCGGAGUUUGAAUUUUUAUACGUUUCAUACAAGCAAGCGGAUUAUAGAUUGAUAUCAGACUGUACAGCCUAGCGGUCUGGUUCUAGUUUUCAUAGCCUUCAAUACACUUUCAUGAUUUGCACACAACCACAAUAACCCUGCAAUUCUACUGACGGUCGACGUCCUCCUCAUGAGCAUAAUGGUGCUCGUCAUAAUCAUCCUCGCCAGUCUCGACAUGCUGCUGCUCAUCGAACUCCCCCUGAUCAUCCCCAUCCCCUUCACCAUCAUCAACCUGACCCUCCUCCUCCUCCUCCUCCUCCGCAGCCGGUGCAACCUGCCAACGAUCAAUCACAGUGUCCACAAAGUGCUGCUCCUCCUCGCUGACCUCAUCGUCCGCCGCAAUGAUGUCCUGCAGCUGCGCCGUGAUGGACGCCAGCACCUCUGGCGCAAACACCUCGCGGAACACGUCGACCGUGUCCCAGACCAGGGCGUCGUCGUCCCCGAACCGCGCGUGCGUGUUGCGCAGCACCGCGUCCGCGUUCUGCUUGGACCCCAGCUCCUCCAGCACGGGCGCGAGGUGGUCGACGGCGCCCUGCAUCUCCUCCUCGGCCACUUGUCCGUCCGCGCCCGCCGCGCGCAGGAACAGCAGCGCGAGUCGCACCUCGACGGGCACGGGGCCCAUGCGCUCCACCAGGUUGCCGUACUCGUCCUCGCUCAUGUCGGCAAUCACGCCAGACACCUCCUCCAGCACCGUCUCGUCGUCCUCGGCCCAGCAGUCCUCGUCCGGAGGCAGCACGUCCACCCGCUCCACCACCCACGAGUCCUCCAGGUUCCACCGCUCGCUCAUGACGUACCGGUACGGCAUGUAGCAGUAGCCCGCCGCCGCCCAAUCCUCGCCCCACGAGUUGCGCACGAUGAACACCUGAUCCGGGUCGGAGUAUCCCACGCACAGCAUGGCGUGCUCGCCGUGGCUGCCCUCCUCGUCGCCCUUGGCCUCCUCCGCCGCCGUCGGCACCGGCACCACCCCUCUCCGCGGCUGCCCAAACGACCCGUACGUCUUGACGCCAAAGAUGAUGGGGUGGCCGUCGGCCAGCGCGGUGCGCCACAGGUCCAGAUCCGUCUUGACGCGGAAUGCCUCCUCGAUCACGAAACCGGCCGCCUCGUCGUACGCCUCCUGCGACGGCUGGUGGUUGACGGCGGCCUCGUCAAACGGCCACGUCUCCUCGGAGCAGGCGCCGUACUGGCGCAGCCCGUCGAUGGCGUGCUCCAUGUUGCUGCCGCUGUCGGAGAUGGUCUCGGCGCCGUCCGGGUCGUUGACCAGCCGCGCGUUGUAGUAGAUGAAGAGCCGCGAGACGUCGUACCCGUGCGCGCCCAGGUGUCGCUUCACCAGGUACUCGUACGCGCCGGCCACGGCGUUGGCCACGCAGCUCAUCGUCUGGCCUUGGCUCUCCACGGGUGACAUGUACCGCCGCAGGUCGACCUUGUGCGGCAGGUGGUCGAGGUUGCUGGUGCCGGCUGUGGUGUACUCUUUGCAGUCCUCCCGCGGCGGCCUGUAUUGGUAGCCGACGAAGGUCCGGGAGGAGCCGUCGGGCUGGGUGAUGGUGAAUGCACUCAUUGUUUGGGGGUGAGUUGGAUGCAGGAGGGUGGUUGUGGGAGAAUGGGUAGUUUUUUUUGGCAGUGUAAGUGAAUGUACUGAGUUGAGAGAGUAAAAGAGAAAAGCGAGAGAAAAAGAAAGAAAGCAACUUGGGACAUGGCAUUUUAUAAUCAACGAGAAUAUGCC